AUGGUGGAGGAGGAAACAGUGGAUUCCGAAACUGGUUAUGAUGGACCAGAGUCUGACCCUAGCGAUGCCAUUGUCUUCGAGGUUGAAGCUUUCUUGGCCGACUAUGGGGUUAAGGAGGAAAACACUGCAACCUCCGAUGCCUUUGAUGAAGCGGAAGUUGCUGAGAUUCUUGCAGCAACUUGGCGUGAGCGUCGAAGUGAGAUUUCCAAACUGCAGCGCAACAGGAAGUUUUCUCAGGCGAUGUCCGUGAAGAAGCAAUUCACCCGUGAAGCCUCUGACCUGCGGAAAAAGUCCAAGUGUUGGAACUGCGGAAAAGUUGGUCACUGGUCAAAGGACUGUACAGCCCCGAAGUCAUCGUCCUCAAAGUCCGUAGGUUCUGCAUCAGACACCGAUCGCAGCAAGAAGCAAGUAGCGGCGAUGGUAGUAGAUCAUGCAGCAGCAGCCGAUGUUUCCAGCGAGGUGCUUUUGGUAUCUUCACCUGGAUAUGGCAUAGUGGAUUCUGGAUGUAGCAAAACCCUCAUUGGGAAACAGACCUUGGCUGAUUUCAUGAGGUUGUUUCAUCGUUUGGAUUUGCCUGCACCAACUACAAAACCAGUUAGCAACUUGUUCAAGUUUGGCAACGGUAGUGAGGAAUGGUCCGAAAGGGUUGUGGUCAUGCCAGUUGGUUUGUCUGGUCAACGUGGUACAAUCGAAGCAGCAAUCAUAGAAGGGAAUGCACCCCUGCUGUUGAGCAGGGCAACCAUGAAAAGCCUGCAAACUGUUUUGGAUUUUGACAACGAAACCAUUUCCUUGUUGGGUGCCGAUGCUCAGCCAAUGAAAUACAAUGAAGCUGGUCAAAUUAUCAUCAACAUGCUGGAUUUUUCUGAACAUCAGGAAUCUUUUGUGGUGAAUGCCGUUCCAGAGCGAUGUUCACCACAGGAAAGAGUUCAGGGUCUCACCAGGCGAGAAGCUCGUGUUUUGUUGGCCCAGCAAUCGUCUUGGAACAAGUCCUCAAGUCAAUGUCUGGUGGCAGAACUUUUCUCUCCACCUAGGUUCGCUGAAGUAGCUCGUGAUUUGGGCAAGACAGGGCUCUCUUACGACAUUCAGCAAGGCUGGGAUUUGACAAAGCCGGCAGUUCAGAAACAGGUGAGUGAGGAGCUGGAGAAUGCCCGCCCUGACCUUUUGAUCAUUUGUCCAGAGUGCAAACACUGGGGAGGUUGGUACCGACUAAAUCAGAAAAAUCUGAGCAUGGAACAACAGCUUCGAAACCGCCAGUAUGCCAAACGUCAAGUAGAUUUUUGUGUGCAAGAGAUCAAACGUCAAGUCAAACGUGGUGGUCGAGUGUUGAUUGAACACACAUGGAGCUCCGACAUGUGGAAGUAUGAACCCAUGGCCAAAGUCACUAAGUCAAUGUUCAAGUGCCGAGCCGAUAUGUGCGCCUAUGGAUUGACCGAUCCCGACGGCACACCAAUCCUCAAGCCCACUGCACUGAUGGUGUCGCACAGCGAUAUGCAGUCUCUGGCCCUGACAUGUCCAGGACAUCACAACCACACUGUGAUAGCGGGGAAGGGGUCAGAUGGAGAAAACAUCAGUAGCCGUUCUGCUAGGUACACUCCUAAGUUCUGCAAGACUUGGCUUAGUUGUGUUCAUUCAGCAUGUCACUUAUGCUCUUUUGCUUGCCUUGAGGAGACACCAGCAGCUGAGAUGCCUGAGAGUGAAAGCAGUGACGCAUGCCUGAAUCCGUCUGAAGCACUGAUCUCCGAAGCCUUGGCCGCCGCCAAGAGUGAUCAGCACUCGGAUUCCACCGUAAUGCAGUCACUGACCAAACUUCAUAAUAAUUUGGGGCAUCCCUCUAGCAAAGAUCUCAUGCGUAUUUUGCGUAAUGCAGGUGCCACUGAGCAAGCAAUCAAGCUGGCCCGAGACUUUGAGAAGCAGUGUUCGAUUUGCAUCCAAAGACAGCGUCCCACACCAUGCCUGCCUGCGUCUCCCAGUGCCUGUCUCGACUUCAAUCAUAAGGUCGAGACCUCAGAGGUAUUGCAGAAACUGUUCACAGAAGGUUGGCUUCGGUGGGCUGGUCCACCAAUUGAAGUGCUGAUGGACCCAGGACGUACAAAUACGGCAGAUACCUUUGUUGCCUUUCUGGAGCAAGCUGGCAUCAGGGUGUUGAGCACAGCAGCCGAGGAACGCCUUGCAGCCCAGACUGAUGGUCGUGAAUUACUUGGACUGACUGAUUUAAUCGACAAGGGCCAGAAGGUUCAAGAAGAGCCCUGGACAGGUGAAUCUCGCUUUUGGAUCCAAAUGCCAUCCAAGCCUGUUGAACCGAUCGUUAGUCAGUCCGUGACUACUGGUCUGUCGUCAAUUCCCGAAGACACGACCACAGAUGUGUCCGCCAAUGUGUCGACACCAAAUCUCGGCUCGACAGUGCAUGGGCCAUAUCCUGCCGCAAGCACACCCAGUUCCAGCCCUGAAACCAGCACAUAUGGUCCUGUUCGUGUUAGGCAACAGAAAGGUCCCGAAAUGUUUGUUUUCCGACCAGUUCAAACCCAAGCAGAAGAUCUCAUCGAUGCAUUGCAGGAAAUGUCAGAAGAACGUAGUGAGGCACACAAGCGGCCAGCAUCUCGAGAGCCAAGUGCGGAUCCACCGCACAAGAGUGCUCGCACCGAAGAUUCCUCUAGUGAUUGUCUUUUGGCUCAGUGCGUUGCCGAGCAGCCUGAUUUGCUGCAGGCAAACCAAGCCGUCAGACGUGCAAGACAGCAAGCUGAUUUGGAAAUCACAGUCUUGACGGACCAUUUCCUCUCUCCAACGUCGAUGAAGUGCUUAGACGUAGGUAGAUAUCAACUGGCUGGUGAGCAAACAGUUUUGGAGCGUAAAAAGGAAGAGAAGCUCUUGCGUCAACAGAAAGCCCAUGAAAGAGCAGAGAAAAACAAGACUGAUCAUCAAAAGGUUGUUUCCAAAUUUUUGCAUAGUUUUUCAGAAAUGUCCAAGCAGCCCAUCACCACGGAAGAGUACCAGCUGAUGAAGCAGCUCAUGACCAGGCUGAAUCAGUUUGGAGUUCAGCAAGACGGUGCCGUGAUUCCAACACUGGAGCCUACUCAUGGUGCUAUGACAGAUGCAUCGAAGCGUCAUCGCGAUGCAGAUGACGAGCUGUGGGCUGAGUCUGAAUGUGAUGAAGGGAGCUGGUCGAUUCCUGUUCAGGAGUCUGGCUCAUCGGCCGAUCAAUUGCCGGUAAAGCCAACGACUCCGGGCAAGUUACAGCUGCCGCCCGGCGUGAGUUCCAUCGAAGAAUGGGGCCGCACAGUUUGUGAGUUGCCGGCUGUGAUGCAGUUGAAGAAGAGCUAUGCAGAGAUUGUGAAGGAUCCGAACCAAGUGAGCUAUCUGAAAUGGGUGGCACGCCAUGAGGUUGGUAUGGGUCCCCGCGUGGCAGAUCUGGCAAAGUAUUUGAAGGCGGUGAAGUUUGAAGAGAGCUGCGAUCAGGGAAAGUCUUCCAGUGCCAUUUUUCCCGGCACAAACAUCAUUCGCAAAUUCAAGUAA